AUGAUGGAAAUUGAAUCGGAUCGUUGCAGUGUGGUUUUGUUGAGGUUUAUUGUCAAUAUUGUCGUCGCCGUCGUCGUCAACGCUGUCACCGUCGCAGUGGUCGGCGUCAUUUAUGGUUUUGUCGAUUCCGUCCGAACAACAUUUCCAUUCCGUCUGGAGCUGGACUUUGUUCAAAGUGUACAAAUUGCAUCGUUGUCCGGUGUUUUUGAAGGCAAAUGGCGUACAUCGUUGUCUGGACAAGUCGAAGUUCGACCUAUCACCGUUGUUCGGAUAGAUUUCAACGAUCUGCUACAACAGUGGCGACAGGCAUCUGGUAAAAUUCGGGCACCGGCUGGACAUCAUCUGUUUGAUUCGCAGUUGGCAAUCGGUGAAGAAUGUCCGGGUACAUUUUCCGGCAAAAAUGGCCAUGUUGAUUAUGCUUUUGUUAUUAAGAUACGUUUAACUGGUCGAUUUGGUUACACAGAAUUUGUGGAAACACGUCCCGUCAAUGUAAUCCCAGUCGUUGAUCUCACUCAAUUUGCGCAACAUCUGUUGCCGGUUACCCGAUGUAAAACGUUCCGGAAAAAGGUUUUUUGCAUCAACAAAGCCAACGCAAAUGUAAUAAUUCGACUUGACAAAGCUGCCUUUAUUCAAGGUGAAUCUGUGGCAAUCAGUGGAGAAAUAAUAAACGAGCAUCCAACUAAUGUCCUUAAAGGUGGUUUAGUGGAACUGAUUAUGUCGAUCAGAUACAUUUGCAAACGAGUCGACAAAACUUUUAAUGCAUCAGUGGUACGGUUUGCCAUUUCAGCGGUACCGCCAAGGAAACAUGUCACUUUUGAACACUAUUUUCAGAUUCCACUGGAAGCUUUUCCAACCUAUGUCAAAGAAAAUUCGCUCAUACAAACGUCAUACCAGUUGGCUGUAUCGGUGAAUGAAUGUCAACCAUUUGAUAUACCAGUCAUCAUUGGUACCAAAUCGACGACAAUGUUCACCCCACGAAGGUUUCUGGCAAUCACCGAAAUACCAAGCAUCCCAAAACUGAAAGCCGAACAUGAACCACCAAUAGCACAGACAAUAUAUCCGGCAUAUUUCCCAGCUCCACCACCACCAUACGCAUUUCCGUAUCCUCCACCACCGCCACCACCAUCGCAGCCACCACCACCUUCAAAUACUCAGUUUAUGCCCUCCUAUAUACCAUAUCGUACUGCACGACAACAAUGCUAUCUGUCACCUCAGCACUACUAUCAAACAACCAGCGAUUUUGUAGAACCAUCUGUUUUGCAAAUUGAAGAAAUAGAGUAA